AUGCCUACCGCUCUCGUCAGUUCUCCUUCCUCACACGAUCCGCCUCAUGCAACGACGCGUCUCCUGACCAAUGCACGCACAGUCGACACUGCCCUUGAAGACUACAAGACCUUCGAUGCAGGUGACUUUCCGGAAGACAUACCGCCGCUGGGCCAACCGCACCGGGAGAGAAGGUUCUGGUUCCAAAGGUCUUCGACGACAUUCGAUCAAGAUGCCAUCGCAACCCAGCCGAGUGUUUUCGACGACCCAGCAUUGGCCAAAGAUUAUCUGCCACGACCGGGCUGGGAGAACAUUCACCGAUUUGAUCCACUGGCGCGAUGGACAUGGCGAGAGGAAUAUGCGCUCCUCCGGAAGAUCGACGCUCGAAUCAUGGUCUUCGCUUGUUUCAUGUUCAUGGCACUUGAGCUCGAUCGAGCCAACAUCACCCAAGCCAACACCGACAACUUUCUCGAUGAUCUCAAUCUCACCACCGACGACUACAACCUGGGAAACACAGUGUUCAAGCUCAGCUUUCUCUGCGCAGAGCUACCAUCUCAGCUUGUGAGCAAGUGGAUGGGGCCUGACAGAUGGAUUCCAAUGCAGAUGAUCUUGUGGUCACUCGUAGCUACUGCUCAAUUCUGGAUCAGUGGCAAGUCCAGUUUUCUUGCAUGUCGUGCCUUACUCGGAGUGCUGCAAGGUGGUUUCAUACCAGAUAUCGUGCUCUAUCUCUCGUACUUUUACAAACACCAUGAACUGUCCCUUCGACUCAGCUUCUUCUACACUGCCAAGAGCGUUGCAGAAAUUCUAGCUGGAUUCUCUGCAUACGCUUUGCUUCACUUGAGGGGCGUUGGAGGUCAUGCCGGUUGGAGAUGGCUCUUCUUGAUAGAAGGCCUAUUCACUCUACUCAUGGGAAUAGCAGCGACAGCACUGAUGCCACCGGGCCCAUGUCAAACCGCGAAUUGGAUCAGAGGCCAGAAGGGCUGGUUCACGCCCCGUGAAGAGGAGAUCAUGGUCAAUCGGGUCAUCAGAGAAGAUCCGAGCAAAGGUGAUAUGCAUAAUCGAGAAGCAGUCACGCCGAGGCUACUGUGGAAGAGCUUGAAAGACUUUGACCUUUGGCCACUGUACCUCGUUGGACUUUUAUUCGAAGUCCCCAUGACACCAUCCAGCCAGUAUCUCACCCUUACGCUGCGAGGCCUAGGAUACGACACAUUCUCUAGCAAUCUACUUGCCAUUCCGUGGACAGCAUUCUCCAUCAUCGGCAUGCUCGCUCUGUCCUACUCUUCCGAAGUCUUUGGCAACUUAUCUUUGCACGCGGCGAUCGGACAGAUCUGGGCAAUACCGUUCCUCAUCUUCCUGAUUUUUACCGACGUCGAACAUACAUCACCAUGGCUCAUCUGGAUCAUCGUCACACUCCUACUAUCCUGGCCAAAUCCUCAUCCGAUACAGGUUGGCUGGAAUUCCCGCAACUCAAACACAACCCGAUCACGAACCGUCUCAGCGGCGUGCUAUAACAUGUUUGUCCAAGGUGGCGGUAUCAUCUCUUCGAAUAUGUAUCGUAAAGACGAUGCACCGAACUUCACUCGUGGCAACAAAGCUCUCCUCCUCCUUGCCUUCAUCAACCUUGGAAUAUAUUCUUGCACGAAGCUCUACUACAUCCAUCGCAACAAACAGCGCGAUAGACGCUGGAAUGCCAUGACAAAGGACGAACAAUUGGAGUAUCUGAACACAACGAAAGAUGAAGGGAAUAAGAGGCUGGAUUUUAGAUUUGCACAUUGA